AUGCGUCGCCCCCUAGCCUCUCGCCACGCCCCUGGCAGGCCUGGAAAUUUCAACAGGAGCUUAGUUCAUCCUGGGCCAGAACGCAGGGCAUCUGUUCCGGCACUUCAGGUCUCCUUGGACGAACACAAAGGUUCUGACCAAGAAGAGGGUGAUCAGAAAGGUCGUGAAACUGCUAAUGGAACUGUCAGAAAGAGAGAUCGACGGUUAACUGGGAAAAAGAGAAAACAGAGUGAAACAGAAAUCAGUGCCUUGGAGGAAAGGGCGUUGCAGAAAGGUGUACCGCGGACUCCCGAUGAGUUUGAGAAGUUGGUUCGGACCUCUCCAGAUAGUAGCUUCGUUUGGAUAAACUAUAUGGCAUUUUUGGUAGACCUUGGGGAAGUUGAGAAAGCACGUUCAGUAGCUGAAAGGGCUCUGAGAACAAUAAACAUUAGAGAGGAGCAGGAGAAACUCAAUGUAUGGGUAGCAUACAUCAACCUUGAAAAUGAAUACGGGUCUCCACGGGAGGACGCUGUCAAGAAGAUAUUCCAAAGGGCCUUGCAGUAUUGUGAUCCGAAAAAGGUGCACUUGGCUCUUCUUGGAAUGUAUGAGAGGACUGAACAGCAUCAACUGGCGGAUGAACUCUUGGGUAGGAUGACCAAGAGAUUCAAAACUUCGUGCAAGAUCUGGUUACGCCGCAUUCGAUUUUCACUGAAGCAAGGCAAGCAUGUUGAAUACAUCGAAUCCAUCAUAAACCGUGCGCUUCUAAGUCUGCCACAGAGGAAGCGUAUAAGGUUUAUGUCACAGACUGCUAUCCUGGAGUUCAAGUACGGGGUGCCUGAGCAAGGGAGAUCCAGAUUUGAGCUGAUCCUACGGGACUAUCCAAAAAGAACAGAUCUUUGGAGUGUUUACCUAGACCAAGAAAUUCGACUUGGGGACACGGAGGUUAUACGUGCAUUAUUUGAUAGGGCGACAUGCCUUAGUCUUCCUCGAGCAAAUAUGCAGUCCUUGUUCAAGAAAUUCCAUGGAUAUGAGAAGUGUCGGGGCAAUGAAGAAAUAAUCGAGCAUGUGAUGCGGAAGGCAACGGAGUGCGCCAAGAGCUUUGCUGCGAAAACCGCACUAGACUUGCGGGGCAUGUGCUAGGGUAGUUGUUUAUGCGAGCCCGGGUGGGGAUCUGCAGCCGGGGUUCACAUAAUGCAACAGUUCCAUAUUUUUGUGCAUGGUAGACAACACCAGUUAUGGCUGGUAUAUGUAGUCUGCAUGUGUCCGCCAUAUACUUUUUUGACGACGAAUCCAGGAGGUUAUUAAUCGAAAAUACAGAUUAUUAGUUUUUA